AUGGGAUUAUUAGACGGACUGAUCACGGGCUUUGCACGCAAAAGUAAAUUUGGACGCUCGCACUCAUUGCGUCCACUAACAAGUAAGCGUGCAAACCGUCGCUUCUAUAAAGGAAACGGUUGUCGCAAUGAAGGAACGCAUGCCAAGCGCGGUCGGUACAUUGUGGACGAGGACAAACUUUUGCAGCUCGAGGUGCCUGAUCUCACGGGUUUUAAGCUCAAGGCGUAUGUGUCACCAUUGACACCCAAUCGCCGUCCGCAAUAA